AUUGGAACGCAGCCAUAAGCAAAGAGUGUGUGGACUGUGUGGUUAUCGUUGAUUAAUUAGAAAUUCAAUUCACAACAUUAACAAUAAAUCAGAAAUAAGAGAAUCAAAUUUGAAAAGAAUGGCUUACGUAGAUAAUAUUGUUCAGCGACACACGGGUCCCGUUUCGGAAUGUAUGAUUCAGCCGGACUGGCUCAAUUCGGAGCAGAGCACCGGGACAUCAAUUAUGGCAUGCGAAUUUGAUGGUGGCGUGGUAAUAGGUGCUGACUCUCGGGCAACAACAGGAUCUUACAUUUCCAAUCGUUUUGCUGACAAAUUGACGAGAGUAACAGAUCAUAUUUAUUGUUGUCGUUCUGGCUCAGCAGCAGACACCCAGGCUAUUACUGAUAUAGUUGCUUACCACUUAGGAUUGCAUCAGAUGGAACUCGGCGCACAACCCUUGGUGGAAACUGCUGCCAAUGUAUUCCGCGAAAUAUGCUACAAUUAUCGGGACUCCCUGAUGGCCGGGAUUCUGGUGGCGGGAUGGGACAAACAAAAGGGCGGUCAAGUUUACAGCAUUCCCAUAGGCGGUAUGUGCGUCAGACAGCCGAUUUCCAUCGGCGGCUCCGGCUCGACAUACGUGUACGGCUAUGUGGACGCGCAGUACAAGUCCAACAUGACGAAAGAAGAAAGCCUCAAGUUGGUUGAAAACACACUGGCGUUAGCGAUGACUCGCGACGGUAGCAGCGGCGGUGUCAUACGCACCGGCGUCAUCUCAGAGAAGGGAAUCGAGCGGAAUGUAAUACUGGGUAAUGAAUUGCCGCGCUUCUACGAAGGCUGAAUCGUUUUGCUGUGUCUACGCUAUACGUUAUUGAGAUAAGAUAUAUAAAUAUUUCUAAAAAUGCACGCGUGCGCGCGUAUUACACGUCGUUCAGUUUGCUAAUUAAAGUUAAAUGGUAAAGUAUGAUCGGA